GCUAAUUGAAAUGUCACAUAUGACGAAACAUGACGUGUAACUUCAACAUGAACUAACCUUAAAUUUUACAAAAAUUUUGUUCUAAAUUAACUGAUUAAAAAAAGAUGGAUAUUACACCAUUAUUUAAAGCAUCAAUUAAGACAGUACGUACUACGAAUAAAUCUCUUGGCAUCAAAGAUCAAAAAUCUAAUAUUUUAAAAAAUCAUAAAGAUGUUCACAUUACAACUGCAAAAGAUAUAGUUAAAAAGAUAGCACAAUUGGAACAGUUUCUAUUAGACAAUAAAGCAGCAUAUUUAAACGUUAUAAAUUAUUUAUCCACAAAUAAAACUAUGACCGAAAUAGACAGGCAGCAAGUAGAUACCAUGGCUGAAGAAAUAAUAAAUAAUUGCUGUGCAUUAAUAAAUGAUUAUAAAAAGGAAAUAAGUUCUAUACCAAAAACUAAUCAAAGGGAAGAACAUUACCAAAACGUUAUAGAGAGUUUAGAAAGAUAUUUAAAAAAUGUUUCUAAAAUUUACACAGAAGCAAAAGCAGUAAGAGUUAAAAGAGUUAUAGAAACGCACAAGUUAUCAAAAUUAGAAAUGAAACCAACCUAUAAAAAAAAAGAAAAUGACGAUUUGACACAAAAAAUUAAUUCGGACAUUCACAAUGAUGAACUUAAAAUUAAAAAGGAAUUGAGAGUUCCAAGUGUACCUGUUGAUUAUGACAAUCAACUGUCUGCAGAAGAAAUGCAAAUGUUUGAAACAGAAAACGAGCUUCUUUAUAAUGAACUUAAUAGCCUUUCAGACGAAGUUAAACAAAUAGAAAGUAAAGUUGUCCAUAUAGCCGAAUUACAAGAAUUGUUUACUGAAAAAGUUUUACAACAACAGUCAGACAUUGAAAGGAUAGCAACAACUGUUGUAGGUUCAACUGAAAAUAUGAAAGAAGCCAAUGAACAAAUCCGCCAGGCUAUACAGAGAAAUGCUGGUCUUAGGGUAUAUGUAUUAUUCUUUUUGUUAGUAAUGUCCUUUUCAUUAUUAUUUUUGGAUUGGUAUAAUGACUAGAUAGUUUUUUAAGAUUAUUAUAUUUUUAUUGAUUUUAUUUAUAGUUUUGGGGAAAUGAAGAAAAGUUUGUAUGUAUUGUUUAAAUACUUUAAAAGUUUAAUAUAUAAAAAUAAAGUGAGUACUUUAUUGAAUCAAAAAUUUGUGGGUAUUUAAUGAGAUGAGCCCCAUAAUCUGGCUUCCUAGAUUACCUUAUCAACUCUGUCACAAAGGACAAAACCAGAUCAGUUUCUUCUAUUGGUAGUAGGAUGUAGCAGUGAUUGUAACAAUAGAUUUGAAGGAUCUUCUAGUUAGCUAUGUUGCUUGGUGCUAUUCACUAUGAUUCCAUUUUUUACGUAUGAAAUCUUGAGAUCAUUCUAAAAAAUUUGAUGUCACACAUUCAGAAGAUUGAUGCUUAUCAAAUUCAUCAUUGUCAAAAAUAUCAUCACUGUCUGGAGGUUUAGCACAAUUUGAACUAUCUGUAAGUGAUUUUCUUUUCCUACUUAUAUUUUACUUCGAAAUUAUAAUCUUAUUUUAGUCUCCAAGGUGCUAAUCUAGAAGUGAAGUCUUUUAAUUUAUAAAUCCAGACGAGAGGAUUAUAAUCUGUUUCAAUUACAAAUUUUUGGCCUUAUAGAUGUGUUAAGAUUGUCUUGUAAAUAAUCAGUUGAAAUUAUUAAAUUUCUUGCAAUGCAGCAUCAAUACUUUUUUAUGUUUUAUCCAACUUGCUUAUAACAACUACGGCCAACAAAUUUACUAUAAUUAAUUUUUAAAUAAUUUACUUUACAUACUCUGUUUGUCUGUCUUGUCGGAAUUUUACAGUCAAUAUUUACUUACUUUUAUUAAAUUUUACUUCUGAUGGAAAUUAAUGGAUCAAAUGAGAAGUUAAAAAAAUAUCAUUUAGUACUUAACUACUGUAUUAAGACAGUUUUUACAUUUCACUUACAGAUGAGGCAGUAGUAAUUUAUAUGAUUAAAAUUGAAUUAAGCCAAUAAAAAUGAGACGUCUUUUGCACCAGCCUCCAUCCUCAUCCCACGCAGGCCCGCCCGCUCUCACCAACGUCAAAUUCCAUUUAGUUAUUCAUUCAAUGUAAAAAUAUGUUCAUGUAAAUUUCGAGAACUUUUAGCUUCAUCUUCGUUGAAUAAUAAAAGGUAUCUGCAAAUGUUAUAGUAGUACAUAAUAGGGAGGUCAGAAGUGCCAUACUUAUCAACUUGUAAUUGUAAUAUGUAUAAAAUUAAGACUUAGUUUUUAACUUUCAUAUAUUUUUAUCUACUUUAUAGAGUUAUUACAAACCCAAUUCAUUUUUUGAGUUUUUGGGAACAGAAAGUCUGUUAAAUAAUUUGGAUGGUUAACAUACUUUAAAGUGCUUGUAGAUCAUAACCAUAAUGGAAAGCCAGGAGGUAAUGAGGAUUUGCACACUGCUUACAUUACCACUAUACCAUAAUUACACUGUCAAACACGCGUUUCGAUAACCAAGUUAUCGUUUUCAUAGACUGAAGGUGAACUUUGAGGAUGAUAACCUGGUCACAGAAACGUCAAAUAGUGUAAUUGUGAGUGUUGGUAUAGUUGUGGUGUUAAUAGCGUCUUCUGUAUGAAAUUUUUGAAAUAAUUUUCUCUAAUCCAAAUAUUUUUUCCCUCCUUAGUUGAGCAAAUCACAAACUUGAUGUUUGGUCAGUGUCUGUUGGCA